AUACACACAGGUCUUUUAUUUAUAAUUAUUGCGCUAUGUUCGGACAAAUGACUUUAAUUUUAGAUCAGCUUUGAAUCAUAUGAAUACGAGAUAGAUUAACAGAAUUUUUAUAUCAAGUAGUCUACACGAAUGUGUUUGGGAUACAUUAUUCGUGUACGAUCUCAGCGCAAACAUCUUAUACAAUGAAAACGUGAUGAAAACGUGACAGAAUAUUAGUUAGUAUAAAAUGUAAUGAGAAUUACUUAUAAUACUUUGCAUGUCUAGGAUUAAUGAACUAUUACAUCUUUGCGAUUGAUCGCAUAAUCAUUCAUCGAGUAUAAAAGUGUUACAAGCCAUUUAUUGCCCAUCAUAGACCUUGUUAACAUUUGUACACUUAUUCACACAAUGUGCCAAGAGGGACCGAGUAGAGCUUGAAGAGUUUUUCUCGUUGCUUAUACAUUGAUAUCGACAGAAUUCAAUUAAUUGCUAGUUUAAUAAACUUUUUAGAUAGUGAAGUAUCUUGCGCUCUAGAGAAUCGCCCAAUUUGCUAGUUUUUCAGCUACUAAUUCUACAAGAGCUAAAUCGUAGCUGGCCGAAACAAAGCUUGACCUGCUACAUGCCAGAUGUGAUAGUGGAUUCGUCCAGAACGAUUGAAAAUACUAUACGUUCGCAAUUCUCUCGUCAUCCUCCACUCUUACACUCCUCGAAUAUUAAUAUUUCAAGCUAUUUCUACUUGAGCACAUAUUGUCUUUGUCUUCCAAGAAUUUGUCUAUAAUGCGCAUGAGUCUGCUGUGAAGAUAACGAAUACCGAUGCUACAUGACAGUUCAUUCAGAAUCUGAUAGUUGUCUAAAGCGGUGUACUGGAUCAGUUGUGGUUCAUCAAAGUAUCAGGAGAAAAGACUGGUUACAAAUAUGUAUAUGGAUAGCGCAUAUAUAGAAAAUAAGAUAAAAUAUAUAUAAAAUAUACGAAAAUUUUAUCAUAUCUCCAAACAUGGACUCGCCCAAAAUUCUCGAAUCUGUAUAUCAUCCAAUCAUGUAAUAGCAUACAGUGGCGGAACAAUAACUGAAAAUGCCCAUUACUUUUUAAAAAUUUGUCAUAAAUUUGUCAUAAAUUGAAAUUUAUUAAUGUCUAUAUUUUUAAUGACAAAAAUAGAAAACGAUUUAAGUGAAGACAUUUGUAAUGUUUACAUAAUUUUUUUUGUAAUGUUCACAUAAUUUGCUUGUGUCUUUGAUAAAAUAUAUAUUCAAAACUAUUUACAAAAUAUAUUAUAUUCUCGCAAAUCCAUCAAUAUCUUAGUUUAUUCCGUGCCAAUUUUGAUAUAGCAUUGUGGUGAACAAACAAGGUGAUUACAUCUUUAAUAAUCCUAUUUGGAUGGUAUUUAAUAACAUUUUGUGAUAAAACAAUAAAUUUUUAGAAACUUUUACAUAUUUGCAAUACAUAACUAUUUAAUUAAUAAAGUAUUGCCUAGUUUAAACAUGGAACCAUAUUGCCUGUGCAGCCUAAGCAAAUUUUUGAUAAAUAACUUUUACUUACUCGUUAAACAUUGUUAAACAAAUUAUGAAAAGUUUCCUGAUGACACAAUUUAUAUGACAAUUAAGUAAUUGUUGUUUAAAUAUGAAAAAGUUACACUUAAUGAAGAAUUAAGUCAAUUAGGUCGAAAUUGUAUUCUCAACACAGUUUCUCUUUGGAAAUCUUACUAAAAUAUAUCCACGAUAUUAGAUUAAAUGCAUUUUUAUUAAACUCCUUAUUGAUUUUCUAUGCUAUCUCUUUUCUGCAUGAAAUGUCUUCUCUUAAAUCAAUGUUCGGAAAUGACGUCAGCAUGUAACUAUAGCGUACUCAUCAGCUGAUGAAAAUCCAAGAUUCGCCAGAUAUAUUGAUUAUAAUCAUAUGAUUUUAAUAAAUAACGAUAAUCUUAAUUUUCUUGUCCGAUGUUUCGUUAAUAUUUUAGAAGUCUGGAAAAAUCACAUUAUAUCCUUAUUUAUAAAAUCAUAUUUAUAAAAUCGUUUAUGUGACAACUUGAUAUCUGGCUUUUAGGACAUAUACACUAUUAUGUACGCGUCGAUUAAAAUAUAUGGUAAAAUUACAAAAAUUAUUAUUCUUUUAAAUAAACUUCAUUCUGCUCAUUCCGAUGAUAGUUUUAUAACAUCUUUGUAAAUAAUUGAUUGACAUUAUGGAUGCCAAUUAAUUAAUUAAACUUGUUAAUUUAUACCAUUAGGUCUGUAUUACAACAUUUUACUGUUUCAUGCUGCUUUUAUCUUUCUUUCUCUAUAAAAGUUUAAGUAUAUUUAAUACUAUAAGCAUAAGUUGAACGAAAGUGUGUAGUCCCAAGCAAGUAGGCCCAAUUACUAUGUAAUGCUAUGCGGCGUCGGUGCCCUUUGGGUCAUUUCCGCAUCCAGCACUGCUCAGCAUUACCACCAGUUCAUCAGUGACCACCAGUGAUCGAAGGUCGAGGUUGGGCGUUGGGUAGGGUUAAAACGUUCAGCACAAAUGUGUCCCUCUUUGUCCAGUGCGGAUGAGUAAACAUUACGUAUACGAUAUAUAGGGUCAUAACAGAAAGAGAAAGAUGAGAAAACACUCAGGCAGGAGCAAGAGACUCGCGAAUAAACAGCAUUGCCAACGCGUUUGUUGGAGUACUGAAACCCAAAACCUCUCCACAGAUUGUACCCUAUCUCGAGAUGGCCGACAACAUUACCACCGUCUACGGAGAUAAGAAUGACGAUAGUGAUUAUUACACAGCCUCACUAGUAUCACCACCUCUUCUCACCGAUUUCGAAAUUCAAUGUAAACCAGAACCAUGUUCCAAUCUACAUAACUCGAUCGACGAGGACCUAUCGGCGUUUGCUGGAUCCUCAACAUUUCACAUUCCUAUAUCUGUACCUACGAUAAAAAAUCCAAUUGUUUUAUUAGAAAGAUGUGAUAAAAUUUGGCAAACAUUACAACUGAUAAAGGUUAUACAAACUGAGAAGCCAGUCAAUGAUAACAAUGAAGAAAGCAAAAAGGAAGAAAUACAAUAUUUAGAUAAGACCAAACAAUCUGUAUCACCUAUUAUGGCUCAACCUGCAUUGAGAAAUCAUAAUACAGUGCCAUUACCUUUUAAGUUUUCUGUCCAAAAAACAAAAAAAUUAUAUCCUUGCACUAUAUGUGGUAAGCAAUACUUGGAAAGACGAUCCUUAAGAAAGCAUUCAGAAAGAGUACAUGGGAUUACCAUGCCAUUACUCAAGAAACGUAAACGUACCAAAAAUACUUUACUAUUACCUAACAAAAAGGAUUUUGACAAAUUCAAUUUAGAUACACUUAAUAAAAAAGGUAGUGAUUUUGAAAAUCUUAAUAAUGACAAAGGUUCACAUCCAAAGACAAAAUUUGUAAAUGCUAAAACUGUUGCUUUACGAUCUACAGUGUUAAGGAAGUUUGUCAAAUGCACAUUAUGUCAACAGAAAGUGACAUCUAUAAGAAAACAUUUAAUUCAUUACCAUAAAAUUGGUGAUUCUUCAAAUAUGGUGGAAGAACUAGAAUCUUCAUUAUUAAUUGAGAAUGGAGCAUCAUCUGAAGAUAAGAAAACUACAUUAGAAAAUAUAUCCUUCAAGAAAUUACCACAAUCUGCUAAAACUGAUGUGCAAGAUGGUUUUCGCAUAAUGGAUAAUGAAGCUGAUACCCAUAAAACAUCUCAAAUUAAGAGAAAACGAAAGUAUACAUUAUCUUAUGUAAAUGCUAAGAAAAGAUUAAAGUUGAACAACGAGCGUUAUGUACUUCGAGAUGGGCCUGCAGUAACACAGAAACAAGCAUCUUUUAUUCAUACCAAUCACAACAAUCAUGCAUCAUAUCAAUGUGACAUUUGUUUGGGAAUAUAUGCAUCUAAUCGUAGUUUAUACAAACAUAGACGCAAUCACAUUUUUCGUGGAGAAACUAAAGAAAAUAUUCACAAUGUCAAAUGUAGAUAUCAUAAUUCACCAUUUAAUAAGAAAUACAAAUUAUUGCUAUCUUCUACAAUGUCAACUCAUACAACUGCAGAAAAUAUCAGUAAUGGAAUAAAUGAUGUACAAUUACGUAUUUCCAAACAUAAAACAUUAUUUAAAAAAAAUGGCAAAAUUUCCAAGAUAAAUCAGACAGUUCAAUACAAUAAAGAAAUAGACAAGAGCAAUGAAACUACUUGUAUGUGUGGAAGAUCAUUUAGAAAUCCUCAUACCUUGUUCAUUCAUAAAAAAAGCUGUGAGUUAUAUAAACAGGAAGAUACAAUGUCGCAACAUACAAGUAUCAGUAGUGAUUCUGGAAUUGGUAUUAACAUAACGAUAAAAAAACUAAAUAAUUCCUAUGAGAUUGUUGGAAAAGAUAAUAAUGAAGGUAAAUUCCAAAAAUCUAAAAUCUAUUUGAAAGAAAAUAAUUUAUCUAUAUCUAACACAUCUGAUCAUACUACCAAAGAGUCUAUUAAUUUAUGCACUAAACAAAAGGAAUCAAAUGAAUCUGAAUUAUCUAAUUAUAGUAAAGAUCAUAGCUUUUUGAAGUUACAUGUUGCAGAUGAAGAUGUAAUUAUUGAUAUCGAAGAUGAUAUACAAAUUGAAUUUGAUAAAAAUAAUACAAUUAAGAAAAUGGAUACACAGCAAGAUAAAAGUUAUAUGUCAAAGGAACAGAAUGAUUUAAAAAAUUUGAAAAAUGAACAAGUUUCUGAUAAAAUCAGUAUAUCAAAACAAAUAUGUCAAAAUGUUCUAGAUGUUUUUGCACAUAAAUCUGAGAGUGCAGUAGAAAGUAAAAAUCAAGAAAACAGCCAGAUUGAAGAUCAGGAAAUACAUCAGGCUAGCCCGAUUAAAAAUCAGAAAAUACAUCAGAAAAAGAAAAGAAAGUUACGAUCUUCAAAUAAACGAGGUCGAAAUAAUGAAAAGAAGUUUGAUAAUUUGAACGAUGGAAUGGAGGUUUAUAUGACAAAAUUUGAUCCAUUAUCGGCAUGUGGAUAUUGUAACGAACAGUUUGAAACAAUUAGUUCAUACCAUAAUCAUCAGUGUACUAUUGAACAGGGGAGACCAUUUGAUAAAUUUUCACUACAAUUAUUAUGUUUCCAUUGUAAAGAUGUUUUAAAUAAUUUCAAUGAAUAUGAUAAGCAUAUGAGAGACAAACAUUCUGAUAAGGCAUAUCAUUGUUACUUAUGUAUCAAACGAUUUCUAAGCGAUAAAGAGCGAUUACAACAUAUUAGUUUAAAGCAUAACAAAAUAUCUUGCAGAUUUUGUGAUGAAAAAAUGUCUAUUAAAGUUAAAAUUUUACACGAAGGUUAUCAUUUAGGUUUUGGUUACCCCUGUCAUAAAUGUAAAAAAGCUUAUACAAAUGAAAAGAAUCUUUCUUAUCAUAACUAUAAGUCUAAAUUACAUCCAAUGACUGUUAAUCUAGUAACUUGUACCAUAUGCUUAAAAUCUGUAAAAGUACGAGGUUUUCGCACUCAUAUGUCUACACAUAAACAUAAUACUUGUUAUUUUUGCGGUAAAAUAUUUUCUGAUAAAACAGGCACAGAGUUCCACACCAUGCUACAUCAUAGUACACAAUCUAAAUUAAAGUGUAAUGUCUGUGGUACGCGUUUCUUCAGUAAGAAACAACUCGAGAAACAUGCAAAGGUGGAUGGAUGUAAUAAUGGCUUACAAGGAGUGAAAAAUAGAAGUACAACAGCGCAUCAUUAAUACAUUUGUUUAAGAAUAGUAGUAUAUAUAAACACAAAACGGAUUAAUGUGAGAAUUAAUAUCAGAUAUAACUAAAAAUAUUUUACAUUAUAAAGUAUUUAUAAUUUAAUACAGAUAUGCAGAUAGUUUUUAUGCAUUAUAAUUAGGUUUGCUAUAUAUAUAUAUAUAUAGAGCAAACUUUUAUAUAAUUCGAUUUUGUUAUAUAUAGCUAAUAUGCUCGCGUACCGAUUAUCGCGCAUAAAUACAUGUCAAAUAAAAAUGAGUCUAAUUGCAUUAUUUUUAUAUGUAAGACAUGGGUGACGCUUUGUAAAACCACCUGUAAUUCUCUCUUGUCAUACGUUCCAUAAUGUUCUGUAUAUAUAAACUUCUUAUGAACAAAUAUUUUUGCAUUCUACUACAUUCUCACAUGUGUCUAUUGUAUCAUCUGUGUACUAUUAAUAUUUUAUGCAAACUAAAUUUUUUUCUUUAAAUAAAGUUUUUCAUAGAUA